AUGGCUGGCGAGCAAAGCAAGGGGAAGGGGCAAAACGGCAUAGGGGGAGGGGAACAGCUAGCUUUCUCUAGGGCAAACCUAACGGGCAAGGAACGGGAAAGGAGGAGAAACGGUGAAGUUAGUGAUGUACUAUCCUCCAAAAACGAGCCACUAAUUUCUCUUUCUAGCAACCAAAGGUAUCAAGCUACUGCUACUCCAGGUAAAAGUGAGAGGGAGAUUGUUGAGCCCUUUAGAAAAAUCCAAGCACAGUUACAUGAACUAGCAUCCAUCAAGGAAGAAAAGAGAAUUGAUGUGACACAGAAAUGUCAAAGUGAGAGAGGGAAUGUGGAUUCCCUUCUCAAGUUAUUAAGGAAGCACUCAGCUGAUCUGGACAGAAAGACUUCUGAAGAAGAUGAUCAAAAUGACUUGCUAGACAGAAGAAAUCAAUUUGAGGAUGAGCUAGUUUCAAACUUCUUUGAUGCUAAUAAUAUCAACAAAGAAGUUAAUGCGUCAGAACCUGCUCCAAACCCCAGGCCAACUUCAAAUUUCAAGCAGAGAUCUCCUAUUCCAAGGGUGAAAUUUCAACUAGUAUUUGUAGCAGAUGAAGACAUCAACUCGGAAUGA